AAACUAUUUGUUUUCGCAAUUAUCCCACUUCUGAGUUGUAAUGACUCAGAAAGGAAUGCAGUAAAAUCAAACAUUAUAUCCACUCAUAAUUAAUAUAUUACACUUAAAAUCAUAGCUCACAAUUAUUAACAACAGUUUGUCACUUCAUACUUACACAGGUAGGCGCCCAACGAAGGAUGAUCGGAAAGUGAGCGGACCACGCAUAAUAACUAGUGGUGUCACUGCUAUUGUCGAUAUCGCCGAUCGAUAGGGUCGAACGACGGAUAUCGACAAGGGUUGUGCCACCUAUUUGUAUUUAUAUUAAGACACCGUGUUACACUUGGAUUAACUUAAGCAGAGUGUAUGAAGAUAAAGUUGUAACGUCGAUGACUCAGUUUGCUGAGAUCUUUGUGUAGUACUCAACUAGUUAACUAUGACGGCAUGGACAGUUUCCUAAACAAAUUACAAGAAACGUCACACUAAUUGUAAAAUAUAAACUAUCCCUUGGAUGAUAUAUUUUAUAAUGUUUGCUACCUUAGCCUGUUGAAUAACAAUUAUUUAUAAUGAAACAUUGGAAGCAUGCAAAACGUUUUUUAAAAUAAUUGCAAAAAACCAAACAUUUUGGUUUAAAAUAUGUUAAAUAUUCAUGAAAAACAUCAUACAUUUAAGAACAAAAUGAAGUCUCACUAUAUAUUGCUAUUAGUUUGUAUACCUAAAUUUAUAUAUUUUUUUUUUGCUUAUAUUGUUACUGUGCACGGUCUAUUGGUAAUCCGAAACAAUAAAUAAAUAAAUAAAGAUGAUUUAGACUUGAUAGGUUAUGCCGAUGCUGAUUGGGCAUCAGAUUGUGUCGACCGUAAAUCUUAUACAGGAUUUCUGUUUAAUAUGUAUGGUAGUGUAAUUUCAUUUGAAUAUAAAAAUCUGUUAACAAUAGCUUUGUCAAACACAGAAGCUGAGUGUAUGGCUAUAUGCAAAAAAAGUAAGGAAGCCUGUUUAAUUAAACACCAACGGUUUAUUUUAUGGACUGUAUAUUUAUAGUAGCAAAUGUAAUUAACAAUAAAGUAAAUAUUCACGCUGCCCCGGUGCGUCGCCAUGCCGGUAGAGAAGAGGGAAGGGCGAGCGUCACCGGCGCUUGGUGUUACAAGAAGUGUUGCCACUCAAAUUUUAUGUUUAAUAAUUAAUCAAACAAAGCCAUUUACUUAAAAAAUUGUUACUAGAAUUAAAAUGUAAAAAUAAAGUUGCCUGUACUGUUAUACAACUAGAUCGCACAAUUGUUAACUAAACAUUCUGUAUUCUAUAAAAGAAGCAAGCAUGUAGAUAUCAGAUUUCAUUUUUUUGGAACAGCAGUUGAAAAUAAUUGGAUUAAAAUAUAGUAUUUAAAUACAAAUUAUAUGCCUGCAGAUAUAUUUACAAAAUGUUUGAGUUGCCAAAAACAUAACUUUGUUGUACAGCUAGGUGUCACUACCAUGUAAAUUUGUUUAUUCUGUUACUGAGUUUUAGUUUUUUGUUUUUAUUUUUUUCAAUAUCUAGAUUUUUGGUACAAUUAUUCCUCAUUCACGGAUAAUUUAUGGGGCAAUGUUGCAAAAACUAUUUUUAUUCUUCUAUUUUAUAAUGUAUGUUUUCUUCUUCGCUAAUAUGGAUAACCAUCUCUUUUGAAUUAUCUUCACCUUCAGUGCAGCUGGACGAGUAAGAAUCAUCUUGCAAAUUUAUUAUAGUAUUAUCCAUAACAUCGUCUAGUAUAUUAUGAUCGUGUUCGCGGUACUCAUUUUCAAUUUUCUGGACAUGGCUAUCACAUGUUAUCCAUUUAUUUAGAGGAAAUUCGUUGAAUAAGUUCUCUAGUGCAGUUGUUUUCUUAUCUAAAUUACUGUCAAGUUCAUUACUCGAGAGUUGUCCCUUGAUAUCCCCAACACUUAUAGGGUUCAGGUUUGGGUGGUACGGCGGAAUUUUUAAUACUUCGUAGCCCAUAGCUUUUAACACUUCAUCAAUUUUGUAAACAUUUUCAGAACCAUGUUGCUUGAUCAACUUGAACAGGUCACAUAUUGUUAAGAAAUGAUCACAUUCCACAGUGUGUCUUUGCAGCUAUGCCUGCAUGGCAGCUUUUGUGUUUGCUAUCGUUGGCUUUCUUUCUUCCUGCACUCAAUGUUAUACAGCGUUAUCCAUAAUAAUUGCAGAAUUUGAAGGUAUAUUUGGCAAUUCAUGUUUUAUUUUGUCCAUUUGUUGAAAUUUUCUUCGAAUUCUUCCGGAUCGUUUCCGUUUUUUGGAGAUUCAAAAUCCACGCUAUUUUGUUCGCGUUUCAGAUUGUUUCCUUCUCUAACAUAUAGUGAAUUUCGCACCCUUUAUGAAGAUCUACGAAAAGAUGAAGGUAAUUUUUGUGAUUAGUGAUUACCUUCAGAUGAAUUACAAUACAUUCGACAAAAUAUUACAUGUAAAAAAUAAACUGCAACUGAAAACAAAAUUUGUGAGCAAGUACAUACUCGUAUAUCUCCAACGGAGCGAUUGGUUGUCACAUUGGGAUCUCAAUUUGUUUGAUCCAAUGCAGAAAAAUCUAAAUCAAUUAGGUUCGAAUUUGAUGGACUUGCGAUGCUCUGUAAAAAAUAGUUUUCAAUGCGUUAAGUAGAUGCCUAUGAGAUGAGAUUGAUUCAUUAACCUUGGUUCAGAAGCUGUACUAAUAUAAACAUGUUAGUAGGAGUGUAGUGUAAGCAAACGGCAAAUAAGAAACAGUAUAUAAGAAACAAUAAGUGCUGUGCCAAAUGCUACCCUAUAGGCCCUAUGCCAUCCCACCCUCUUUACUCUUCUCAGAAUUUCCAGUCUUGAAUUGUCUUGCUUCUUGAGUUCUUGAGCCCCCAAUCAUCGUCGUCGCACGCAACUUACCUGGGUCCCGGCUAUACCGUAAAGAGAGCCACGACCGAUUGAUCCAAUUUCUACGCUAAUUGUCCUAUGGCAUUUGGCAAUUUUGGCGAGUAUUUAUUUCACCAUAAAACACACAGAUACGUGUUAUAUGUCAAAUUAAAGCUGACAACGAACGCUAUCUAAAUACACAAUAAAUACGAAACAUAAAUACUACAAAAGCUUAUGAUAAAAAUAAGUACACAACAAUUACAAUUUUACCUUAUUCACUAUCACUAUUCUUUACCGUUUAUCACUGUUCACUUCAAUUAUAGCGUUUAUAAGGUUAUUAUAAUGUCCUUGCUGGAAAUAUACAAUGUAAUUUCACCUUUAUUAUUUUAAGUUGGCAACAAGCCUUUUUUAUUUCCUUUAUAAAGUGUUCACUCUAUGCUCUAUGCCUACUAUGGUGGUUAUAAUAUUAACAGUUCUAGUUGUACCUUUUUUUCUAUAAAUAAAACUACAUUUUCGCUACAUAAAACUGCAUUAGUUAUGAAAUGAAACAGGCGUUGAGAUGUCAACAUUCUUAUCUAAGAUCCAAGAACUACAAAAUCAACUCAAUCAGUUGGGAGAAAAAGUGUCAGAAAAGUUUUGUUAUCACUAAAGUUUUGAUGUCAUUACCAAAAGAAUAUAAACACUUUGUUUCUGCAUGGGAGUCAGUCCCAGACGAUAGACAAACAAUGGAUAAUUUAGUUGAAAGAUUACUAGUAGAAGAAGAGAGAGAGUAAAAGAGAAAAGUGGACAAUCUUCGUCUUCAAGCUCGUCAGCUUUCCUUGUUAAGGAUAAAAAGAAUAUCAAGUGUUUUAAAUGUAACAAGUUUGGACAUUUUCUUAGCGAGUGUAAAUGUAAUAACAAUAAUUUUGAAAGACAAAUAACAAGUGCUAUUAUUGUGUAAAGACUGGACAUUACAAGUCAAAGUGCUGGUUUAAGAAGAACAAAGAACACAAGAAAAGUAACGCAUUUGUGGUGUCAAACUCAUUAAGAGAACAUUGUCAAUAUCAGUGGUUAGUGGACACAGGGGCCAGUGAACACACAUGUGCCGUGACCGUGAAUUAUUUAUAUCAUUUACCAGUACCGAACAAGAUUCAGUUAUUGCUGGUUAUGGUGCGGCAAUUAGUGUCAUGGGUUAUGGACAGAUGGCGGUAGAGGUAUAUGACUGGAGUGAAUGGGUUCGUACUACCAUGGACAAAGUGUUAUUCGUCCCGGAAUUAAAAACAAACCUAUUCUCUGUGAACCGUGUGUCAGACAAAGGUUAUGUCAUGUUGACAGAUGAAUACUCGUGUAAAUUUACAAAAACAAUAAAAUUUGUGCAAUUGCUAAUCGAGUUGGAAAUUCAUACUACCUGGAGUUACGGUAUAAAAAUAAAGUGGCUAAUGUGGCUAAGAAAGUUAAAACUACAAUGCAAGAGUGGCACGAAAGAUUAGCACAUCAAAAUUUUGAAUAUGUAAUAAAAAUACUGUUGAAGAAUAACAUCGACGUGGAGCAAACUCCAGUUUCUAAAUGUGAGAGUUGUUUAGAAGGAAAAAUACAUAGAUUGCCAUUUGGAACUAGUAAAACCGUUACUAAGAAAACGUGCGAAUUAAUUCAUGCUGACACCUGCGGUCCUAUGGAGGUUGCGUCGGUCGGCGAAUCGAAAUAUUUUGUAGUUUUCAAAGAUGAUUUUUCGAACUACAGAUCGGUAUAUUUUGUCAAGAAUAAGUUCGAGAUAAAGCAUUGUAUCGAAGAUUUUGUGAACAAAGCAUAAAAUGUGACUGGAAAUAAAAUAAAGAUGUUCAAAUCUGACAAUGGUCUAGAGUUUAUCAAUAGGCAGGUUCAAGAAAUAUUUACUAAACACGGCAUAUUACAACAAACAAGUGUACCUUACAUCCCAGAACAAAACGGAAAGGCUGAAAGGGAGAAUCGGACGUUAGUUGAAGCCGCUCGAACAAUGCUCCAUGCAUGCAAGGAUUUGCCAAAAUCAUUGUGGGCUGAGGCUAUGAACACCGCAGUAUAUGUUUUAAAUAGAACCGGAAGAAGUAAAGACGGUGAAAAAUCACCCAAUGAGGUGUGGUGUGGAAACGAUUUUGACAUUCAUCAAUUAAAACCAUUUGGAACACCAGUGUACACACACAUUCCCAAAGAAAAAUAAAGAAAUGUUAUAGCAAAGGUGAAAAAGGAGUAAUUGUUGGGUAUGGAGAAACUAUAAGUAUUUAGAGUAUACUUCCCACAAAAGAAUGGUGUCGAAAUUAAGCGAGAUAUAGUCUUUUUAGAAAAUGAGCAAAAUUCUUGUGAUCUCGAAAUAAAAUUGAAUGACUCUCAAGAAAAAGAUAACAAGACUAAUGAGUUGCAUAAUUUACCAGAAAAUACAUCAACUGAUCUUAACCUUCCUAUACCCGCGCGUUUGUCUGAGAGACCGACAGAAUGAUUUAUCGAUUUUAAAUAAAGAACGAUUAAUGCUAGUUUAAUGAACUUUCUAGUACUUGCCUAAUUUGAUACGACCUUGAAAUUGACGUGACGUGUGACCUUGAGUGGGGGGCACAUUUGGGUGAACUGAGCGUCAUUCUGUGCCAGAGACCGGCGCGGGUACACGUGUUAUUAUUUUUGGUGAGUAAUAUUUUUUAUUUUUCAUGAUUUUCGUAGAUUUAUUUUAUAGUUCGCAUAUUUUUUGUAAAGAAGUUUACUCGUAUACAUUUUUACCAUAGUUUUAUUUUAUAAUGAUAUUUCAGAGUAUUUAUGCUAUAUAUGAAAUAAAAAAAAUAUUUUUGUUUUAGAGCUUCGUUUAUGGGCAUGAUAAUGAAUGAGGAGCAGAUAAGACUAAUGUUGGAUGAAGCUGGAGAGGAUACAGAUUACGAGGAUGAAAAUGACAGCGAGGUGGAAGAUCACGUUGAAGUAAGAGAAGAAAAUACGGAUACCGAACAAGAAGAUGACUCCGGGAGUGAGUUAGAGGAUGAACGAGGUACCUACCUUGGGAAAGAUUCUCAAACAAAGUGGAAUAAAUUGAAAGAAGAUUUUUUCUGGAAAAGCUGUCGUAUGAACUCUUUGACGCGCAGUUGAGGAGAUGGGCGGGAACUACUUCUUUACCGAGAAUGAUACGACAAAGGUGUGCUGAAAUCUGCAAACUAGACGGUCCAGAAUCUUCAGGUACCGCUAACAACUUAGGCCAAGGUCGUUGUAGCUUUUGUAGUUCGAAAAAAAACCGUAAGACGCGUUACAACUGCCUUACUUGCAAAAAAUAUUUUUGUUUGGAACACGCGGUUAUGGUUUGCUCCUAUUGCUAUAGUAAUGAAUCUCAAGAGGAUUAGAUUUUAUUUUAUUAUUCCUAGUUCUGCUGGCUUACUCUUGAUUACAAUUCCAAUCACUAGAUAUUGGAAUUUCAACGUUUCGUACUCUUGAGUUCAACACUAGCGCCAAAUUGGUUUAAGAUUGCGUGUCCAUUUUAGGGAACUAAAUGGAAUCGGGAUCGGGAUUGGCGAGACACAAAACGCUACUCUUGAUUUAAUUUGACAGCAGUAUAUUGCGUUAAUAUUGUGCACAAAUUGUUUGGCGAUUGUGAUUUUUCCAAUAACGAAAGUGUAACUUUUUUGAAAUUGUUUUGCGUUUUAAGUGGUUUUAACUUAAUAGUAAGUCUAUAAAAUGGCAAGAUUAGCAAUUAUGUACCAUAUUAUACGUAAAUCACAUGUAAGUGAAUUAAAACAAAGGCGAAAUGACCGUCGAAUGAUGCGAUACACAGAUCGAGCAUUUUCUAUGUGUGAAAACGAAUUUAUAGCUAAUUAUAGAGUUAGCAAAAAUUUGUUUCAAGAAAUAUACCAAAAUCUAAAGGCUUUUAUGCCAACGCCUAAAAGAAAAAGUGAUAUAUCGCCUAAGUUUAAGAUUUUAGUGGCAUUAUCAUUUUAUGCAACAGGCAGUUACCAAAAAUUAGUUGGUGGCACAUAUGGGACACUAAUGUCGCAGCAAUGUGUAUCUCGCGCCAUACGAGAUGUAACAGCAGCCCUUAACCAUCAACUAGUACUAAAUAAAUGGAUAAAAUUUCCUCAAACUCGCCAAGAAAGAGAUGCAAUAAAAAGGAGGUUUUAUGAAAAAUAUCAUAUUCCAUCCAUUUUAGGAUGUAUUGAUGGCACACAUGUAGCUAUAAUAAGACCCAAAGAAAAUGAAGAGAGAUAUUUUAAUCGCAAACAUUUUCAUUUCAAAAAUGUUAUGAUUACAAGUGAUGCAGAUUUAAAAAUUUUGUCUGUAGAUGUUUCCUAUGGAGGAGCUACACAUGACAGCUUUAUUUGGAAUCAGCAUCCUGUAAAACAACAUUUAAUCAAUUUGAACAGUAAUGGAGAAAAUGUAUAUUUAUUAGGUGAUUCUGGAUAUGCACAGCGGGAAUAUAUGAUGACACCUAUAGUGGAUGCUCCUGUAGGGUCCCCGGAAGAGUAUUACACCAAGAUGCACUGCCAUGCUCGAAAUACAGUGGAGCGUUCUAUUGGUGUACUUAAAAAUAGAUGGCGGUGCUUAUUACGGCAUAGGGUUCUACAUUAUCAUCCCGAUGUAGCAUCCAAAAUUAUCAAUGCUUGUUGUGUCUUGCAUAACAUAUGCAUUACCAAAUUAGAUAAUACAAUAAUAUAUCCUGAGGGGAAUUCCGAAGAUGAUGGACAUGACAACCUUAAUGUAAUAUUUCAACAUUCAACUGCUAGUACAGCAGCUGCUGACCUAAGGCGAGGCAUAGAAAAGAGAGCUGUUUUAGUUCAACAGUUGUGGGCACGUAGAAUGUAAGCAUGAAGUAUCAGUGAUGGUGGUAAAACUGCGAUUAGAUAUUUUUAAAUAUUUUUAGUUAUUAGGUACAGUUGAAAAUUUUAAUUAUUUUUAUUACAUAGUAUUUUGAGAGCUAUUAAUGUAAUUAAUGAAUACUUAAAUCUCACACAUUUUUAUGCUAUAGGUAUAUUAUAGGUAGUUGAACAGUAGGAUAAACGUGCCAUUUAAAAAGGAACAACUUUAUCUAUACCUUUUAAGUUUAAUUGUUUUAUUAAUGAUAACAUACUAUUUUUAUUUUUGUCAUUUCAUUGUGUUUAGAGAGAUUUUUUUAUAUUAAAUGUCUUAAUGUUAUUAUUUUCAAUUAAGUAUAAUAUAAGGCAUAUAUGUAGAUUACUAGUUUUAAAUGUGAGAGACUUGAUUUGUCAUUAUUCUUAUAGCAAAAAUAAAAACUUCAUGUUGUAACUAGUUAACACUUAUAAGAUUUACUUUUUAAUUGAUUUUGUUAAUUUCUUUUAUCUUAGCUACU